GAAAAUAAAAGCUGAAUAAAAGGAAAAAAAAAAGUAACGCUUCUUAUUAUUCGAUAGGCACAAAUCUGAACGGCCGGAAUUAGGGUUUUUGUAGGAAGAGGAGUAAAUUGACUCUCCGUUCCGGUCGAUCGGAGAAAUUUCUGAGUAAUGGCGAACGAGAAGGUGGAAUUUCAAGUGUACAAUUCAAUGACGAGACAGAAGGAAGUAUUCAUACCGAAGGAACCUGGCAAGGUCAAAAUGUACGUUUGUGGCGUUACGAGUUACGAUUACAGUCAUAUCGGCCAUGCUCGUGCCUAUGUCGCCUUCGACCUUCUCUACAGAUAUCUGAAAUACUUGGGAUAUGAGGUUAUGUAUGUGCGCAACUUCACCGAUGUAGAUGACAAGAUAAUUCGUAGGGCUAAUGAGCUUGGAGAAGACCCAACAGCUCUGAGUGGUCGAUACUGCCAAGAGUUUCUAAAAGACAUGGAUGAUCUCCAGUGCCUCCAACCGACUCAUCAGCCACGUGUUACUGAGCACAUGGAGCAGAUUAAGGAAAUGAUAGCUAAGAUUAUGGCUAAUGGCUGUGCAUACACAAUCAAUGGAGAUGUUUAUUUCUCUGUUGAUAGUUUUCCAGAGUAUGGUCGAUUGUCUGGACGAAAAUUAGAAGAUAAUCGAGCUGGAGAACGAGUUGAAGUUGAUUCAAGAAAGAAAAAUCCUGCCGACUUUGCCUUGUGGAAGUCUGCAAAGCCUGGUGAACCAAGUUGGGAGAGCCCCUGGGGUCCUGGAAGACCAGGUUGGCAUAUAGAAUGCAGUGCAAUGAGUGCGCACUACCUGACACAUUCCUUUGAUAUACAUGGUGGUGGAAUGGACUUGACUUUUCCUCACCAUGAAAAUGAGAUUGCCCAGAGUUGCUCUGCUUGCCAGGAGAGUAAUAUUAGCUACUGGAUGCAUAAUGGUUUUGUGAACAUAGAUGAUGAGAAAAUGUCAAAAUCAUUGGGGAAUUUCUUCACUAUACGUGAGGUUACUCGAUUGUACCAUCCCCUUGCAUUGAGGUACUUCUUGUUGGGGAAUCACUACCGAUCUCCGGUUAACUACUCAAUAUCACAGAUAGAAAUUGCUUCAGAAUCUGUGUUCUACAUUUAUCAGACCUUACUAGAUUCUGAAGAAGCCUUGUCAGCUUUCCAACAAGGAACUGAAACUGCAAAAAAUGCAAAGGGGCGUGUUACCCCUCAGGCCCAAGAAUGCAUCAAUAAGCUGCGUAAUGAGUUGAAGACAAAGCUCUCUGAUGACUUGCAUACACCUACAAUUUUAAAUGCUGCUCUUCAAGAAGCCCUUAAACAAAUGAAUAGUUGCUUGACCAUACUGAAGAAAAAGCAGCAAAAGCAACAACACUUAUCUGCAUCUUUGUCCCUGACCGAGCUCUUGAAAGAAGUGAAGGCAGUAUUAGAUGUUCUUGGCUUGCUUGCUGGUUCAACUUCUGCUGAGGUUCUGCAGCAAUUUAAACAGAGGGCAUUGAAAAGGGCUGAGUUAACAGAGGAAGAUGUUCUGCAUGCAAUAGAGGAAAGAGCACUAGCAAGGAAAAACAAAGAUUUCGCUAGAAGCGAUCAAAUCAGAACUGAUCUAGCUGCCAAGGGUAUCUCUUUAAUGGACAUUACAGGGACGACAGAAACAGCUUGGAGGCCUUGUGUAAGAUCCAUUCAAGAACAGCCUGCCGCCCCAGCUCAACCGAAAAAGUCUGCAGCAGCAGUGCAAGAACAGCCUGUUGCACCAUCUCAACAAAAGCAGCCCUCUGCAGCACCACAACAAGAACAGCCUGCCGCCCCAGCUCAACCGAAAAAGUCUGCAGCAGCAGUGCAAGAACAGCCUGUUGCACCAUCUCAACAAAAGCAGCCCUCUGCAGCACCACAACAAGAACAGCCCGCUGCUGCGCCAGCUCAACAAGAUCAUACUACGGUGCCACCUCAGUAGCCCUUCUCUGAUUACUCGUAUCGAAUUUCAUUUUUGGAGUUAUUUGCAUACUUAAUUGAACUCGUUAACUUGUGAACUAGAAAUUUUAUGGAUGAGACAUACAUGAUACUAUUUGUUGCGCUGGGCAUGUAACUAAGAUGAGCAGAAUAAUUCUCUUUACAAGAAAGAGCCUGAGGCUUAACGCCCACUUCCUAUUACAUUUCACGGCACAUUUUUGCCUUGCCUUGGAUUAAGCGAUCCAAUUGACAUGUAAACUGUAUCAUUGUUGUACUGAUAAUACUUAUGAAUAUGCUGGCACAACCAGUUUUUGACUAUUUGGAGAUAUUCUUAUAGCUA